AUGUGUGGCAGGUUCCUGAGGCAGCUGGUGGCUGAGGAGAGCCGGCACUCCACCCACGUGGGGCGCCUCCUGCUUCCCGUGCUCCUGGGAUUCCGUUUUGUGCUGCUGGCUGCCAGUGGGACGGGGGUCUAUGGUGAUGAGCAGAGUGAAUUUGUGUGUCACACUCAGCAGCCAGGCUGCAAGGCCGCCUGCUAUGAUGCCUUCCACCCCCUCUCCCCACUGCGCUUCUGGGCCUUCCAAAUCAUCUUGGUGGCUGUGCCCAGCGCCCUCUACAUGGGUUUCACUCUGUAUCAUGUGAUCUGGCACUGGGAAGAAUCGGAAAAGGUGAAGAAGGAAGAGGAGACCCUGGGCCUUCAAGGGGAGGAUAGCAGAGAUGCCCUAGGGUCUGGAAGCCCCAGGCUGCUCUGGGCCUAUGUGGCACAGCUGGGAGUGCGACUGGUCCUUGAGGGGGCAGGCCUGGGGGGGCAGUACCAUCUGUAUGGCUUCAAGAUGCCAGGCUCCUUUGCGUGUCGUCGAGAGCCUUGCCUUGGUAGUAUAACCUGUAAUGUGUCUCGCCCCUCUGAGAAGACCAUCUUCCUAAAGACCAUGUUUGGGGUCACUGGACUCUGUCUCUUGCUUACUCUCUUGGAACUUGUGCUCCUGGGCCUGGGGAGAUGGUGGAGGACCCGGAAGCACAAAUCUCCCUCUUCUAACUACGUCCCAACUUCAGAGAGUACCAGAAGACACAAGGAACCAACCAACAACUUCCUGGUGGUGGAAACAAGAGAGCAGUUCCGAGAAGCAGAGUUAUGAAGACAUCUGUCUCACCUCUGAAGGAAACCCUAUGAUUGGAUCUUCUUCCAAAUAUCCUGUGAGUGGGGUUUUACCUCCAUGACAAAUGAGAGGCUAUUGAAGCAUCUCUAAGGGCCAGAUGGGCCAUGCUGUCUGAAGCAUUGCCUUGAAGAACUCCUGCUUGUGCCUUCUCACCAGAAUCCUCUGGUGUCAGCAUAAUAAUAUUCAUGGGCUUGGUUCCCGAGUCAGCCAGCAGAAGCCUCCAUUAAAACCAUGCCACUCCCUACAUGCACAAUAAAU